AUGGCCGCGCCCGCUGCUGUUGCGUCUUUCGAUUAUGACCAAUCGCUGCAGAAAUACAAAGUCACCGAGAAAGAGUACCUCGAACAGAAUCCCGACUUCAACGCGGUAUGCACUGGGAUUGUAGUGUUCAACGAGAAAGGAGAAUUGCUACUCGUCAAGCGAGCUUCGUCGGAGACAGCUUUUCCGGAUUUUUGGGAAAUCCCCGGUGGGAAAGUCGAUGAACCUGAUAAAUCGCUACUACAUGCAGCGGUGCGUGAAUUAAAGGAGGAAACUGGACUUGAAGCGACCAGAAUUGUUCGUCAAACGACUCACUUGACGUUCGACAUUCCCAGGACCCAAGGAAGAAUCGAGAGUUGGAUGAAGCUCAUCUUUGAGGUGGAGGUCAAACAACUGGAAAUCGUUUUGGACCCCAAGGAGCAUGAUGACUAUCUCUUUGCAACCGAAAAUCAGGUCGAGAACGAGACGGUUGGAGAUGUGCACCUCAAGUAUAUCAGCCCCGACAACAAGCGGGUCAAACUCGAGGCUUUCAAGCGCCGACGGGAGGGAACCUCGCUCUAG